CUUUCAUUGUUUUUACAGGAUCCCUCCGAUAUAUCCUUGGCUGCUAAACCUUUGUUCUUCGGCAACUUCGAGACGGCACCUGUAGUGAAGAGCGUUGCCGAUUCCCUCCCCGCUGCCCUUUGUUUGGAAUUGGAUUAGUCAGGAUGUUUUCUGCGAAGCCCUCAGGCCCAGCAACCGGCCUCUCAAUCAACACGAAUUCCGCCAACUCCCUAUUUGGCGCCCCUGCUGCUCAAACCACGUCGACAACAACCCCCAACGCAACGAGCAACACUGGAGGUCUGUUCGGGAAUCUUGGUACCUCUACCGCUCAAUCCAAACCAGCCACUAGUCUCUUCGGCAACGUUGGCGGCGGAACUACUCAACAGUCUCAACCAUCGGGAUCAAAUAUGUUUUCAGGCCUAGGAGGACAGCAAAGCAGUGCCACAGGUGGCGGACUAUUCGGUGGCCCUGUCGCAUCUACGCAGCAGCCGUCCGGUGGGCUUUUUUCAGGAAAUACUGGUGCUGCCAACACUGCUACACAGACAGGUACUACUGGAGGUCUAUUUGGAGCCGCUGGAGGUAACUCAACUACUCAAACUCAAUCGAAGCCGCUCUUUAGUUUAGGAAGCUCUACCACAACAGGAGGUGGGCUCUUUGGUGGCGCAACCCAGAACGCAGGCCAGCAACAACAACAGCAAGCUCAAAAACCCACUCUAUCGUUAUUCGGAACCCAAGGUACCCCCGCACAGCAAACCGCACAACCAACCACUACAGCAACAACUGGAACGGUCAUCCCAGGUGUCAAGGUGGAUAUUAGCAAUCUUUUGCCCACGACAAAAUAUGAAAGCUGCGCCGAUGAGAUCAAGGCGGAGCUAGAGCGAUUCGAUGCCUUCGUUCUGAAUCAGAUAGCCAUGUGUAAUGAAGUUACCAAUCUGAUUCCUUCUAUUACGUCCCAAGGUGAAACGAUUCCGAAUGAUGUGGAGUACGUUCAGGGCAAGCUAGAAACCAUGCAACACGCACUAGAGAAUGACGCCAGCGACAUUGACCAGUUGCGCAGUCUGGUAUCCCGGGAUGCAGCGGAAGCUCAGGUCGCAUUCCGAGCUAUCGAUACUCUCAAGCUUCCCUUGCAAUACCAGUCCACCGGUGGUGCUGGAUGGUGGUCUACCCAGGACCAAAAGGUGUCAGAUCGACAAUCCCUACGAUCAACAAGGAAAAAUACCCUCGCGCUUCCUGAUGAUGUUGAAGGUGAUCCCUCAACCGCGACUACUAUCAACGGAGUGCCAGUGAACUUGGUAGACUACUUCUCUCAGCGUUCAGACGAAAUGGGCGCUGUUCUCGAGCGGUACACAAGGAACUUGAAAGAAAUUGAAGACCAUGUACAUGGCGUCGAGACUACCCUAGAGCGGCAGAUUCAUGACUUUGCCACGUCCCGGAGUCGCGACGGCUCCGGGGUUGGAACCCCAAAAUCCAUGCUCAACGACCUUGCCGCCGUCCUAGGCGAUGUUGAGUCGGGUAUCCUCGGUGUUGCCAGCCGACUUGGUGGAGUUACAGAGCAAGUCCAAGAAGUGGUUUUAGGUCCGCCGCCAGUACAAGAUAACAGGCUCAACUUAUAAUGAAUAGCAUCAAAUUUCCUUUGUACAUUAUCAUGAAGAUUACUUAGAUGUGAAGGUAUUAUGCGAUUAAUACGAUUAGGGUUGGCGUUCAACUCAACAGAGUAAUC